GUGUGUGUGUGUGUGUGUGUGUGUGUGUGUGUGUGUGUGUGUGUGUGUGUGUGUGUGUGUGUGUGUGUGUGUGUGUGUGUGUGUGUGUGUGUGUGUGUGUGUGUGUGUGUGUGUGUGUGUGUGUGUGUGUGUGUGUGUGUGUGUGUGUGUGUGUGUUUACGUGUGUGUGUGUGUGUUUACGUGUGUGUGAGUGAAUGUCCAUGUGUGAGCGCAUGCGUGUGCAUACAUGCAGUCCUUUGUGUGUGUGUGUGUGUGUGUGUGUGUGUGUGCGUGCGCGUGCGCGUGCGCGUGUGUGUGUGUGUAUGCGUGUGUGUAUGCGUGUGUGCGCGCUUGCGCGUGUGUGUGCCCACGUGUGUGUCUGUGUGCGUAUGCGUGUGUGUCUGUGUGUGUGUGUGCGUGUGUGUCUGUGUGCGUAUGCGUGUGUGUGUGUGUGUGUGCGUGUGUGUCUGUGUGCGUAUGCGUGUUGUGUGUGUGUGUGUGUGUGUGUGUGUGUGUGUGUGUGUGUGUGUGUGUGUGUGUGUGUGUGUGUGUGUGUGUGUGUGUGUGUGUGUGUGUGUGUGUGUGUGUGUGUGUGUGUGUGUGUGUGUGUGUGUGUGUGUGUGUGUGUGUGCUGUGAGCAUGUGUCUUCUUGACGCAUAA